GUUUCACUCGACUCACUUAAAUGAGUCGUUCUUUGAAAGACGAUUCCCGGUGUUAUGUGUUCAUAGGCACGAGCAGAUUUAUCAGACGUAAAAGCAGCAAUAAGGGAGAAGGCAAGGAUAAAUCCACUAAAGAACCUAUCCAAAUGUUCUUGUAAUUCGUUACUUGUAGUCCUAGGAGUUAUCUGGUGUUUAGGUGAAGUGUAAAAAAUUACAGGAAAUAAUCUUAUUUAGCUAGUUAGCAAGGCAUGGCCGACAUCGAUAAGCUCAACAUAGACAGCAUCAUACAGCGCUUGCUUGAAGUGAGAGGGUCCAAGCCUGGUAAGAAUGUUCAGCUGCAGGAGAAUGAGAUUCGUGGUCUUUGUCUGAAAUCUCGUGAGAUCUUUCUCAGCCAGCCUAUCCUGCUAGAGCUGGAGGCCCCACUAAAGAUCUGUGGUGACAUCCAUGGGCAGUACUAUGAUCUGCUGAGGCUCUUCGAAUAUGGCGGCUAUCCUCCUGAAAGUAACUACCUGUUCCUUGGGGACUAUGUGGAUCGGGGCAAACAAUCACUCGAGACCAUCUGCCUUCUGCUGGCCUACAAAAUCAAAUACCCAGAAAACUUCUUCCUGCUCAGGGGUAACCAUGAAUGCGCCUCAAUCAAUCGCAUUUAUGGUUUCUACGAUGAGUGCCGAAGGCGCUACAACAUUAAGCUGUGGAAGACAUUUACUGACUGCUUCAACUGCUUACCCAUUGCUGCCAUUGUGGAUGAGAAGAUCUUCUGUUGCCAUGGAGGUUUGUCUCCAGACUUGCAGUCCAUGGAGCAGAUCCGACGCAUCAUGAGGCCCACAGAUGUGCCUGACCAGGGUCUGUUGUGUGAUCUACUGUGGUCCGAUCCAGAUAAAGAUGUGCUAGGCUGGGGCGAGAACGACCGCGGUGUCUCAUUUACCUUUGGUGCUGAAGUGGUGGCCAAAUUUCUCCAUAAACAUGACUUAGACCUGAUCUGCAGGGCCCAUCAGGUGGUGGAGGAUGGCUAUGAGUUCUUUGCCAAGAGGCAGCUGGUGACGCUUUUUUCUGCACCAAACUAUUGUGGCGAGUUCGACAACGCUGGGGCCAUGAUGAGCGUGGAUGAGACCCUCAUGUGUUCUUUUCAGAUUUUGAAACCAGCAGAGAAGAAGAAGCCAAACUCAAGCCGUCCAGUGACUCCACCAAGGAACAUGGUCACCAAGCAAGCAAAGAAAUAAGGCCUUCCACCAGUGCACUGGCCAUUUUUGGACUUGUGCUAUUAUGUUUCUUUAAUUUGUCACAGCUUCAGAGUUUUUCUCUGGCAUAGUGGUUGUGUGGAAUCACUUGAAACUGUCGACAGUUUAGGCUUUUUUUGCACGUAUGGUUUUUUUUCCCCCAUUUUUGUAUUCCAUCUAUUUUCUUACAUCAACUGAGGAAGACCGGACUCCCAAACUGCGUGGGCCUUGAAUAAUUCAAGAUGCACAUUUCUUAUUUUAGUUUUUGUCUCAUAUAUUAUUUUAGUUUAAUCUCUUAUAUGCAUAGUGGCAAAGCAUUCACACCGUUUUGGCACCAGUUAAUGCAGGGAACUUUUCUAUCUGUGGAAGCACUCCACCAUUUCUUGUCCAUAAUUUUUUUUUUGGCUCCCCAUGUACCCAUUUAAACCACUGUGAAAGAAAAAAGCUAAAUAUAUUCACUUUAUGAAAUAGAUGGCAUCUGAAGUAAGAUUUCACACUAGCUUUUUGUGUGAAUGUGCCAGAUUUGCUGUUCUAUCCAACUGUAUUUUAAGAACUGUUUUAAGAUAUCCUGUGAUUUAUUUUUUUUCUUAAAGAUAAUGAAAACCAUAAAUUAAUUCAUGUGUAAUGAAUCUGUUGAUCCGUAGCAUUGUAUUAAACUGAGCAGAUCUAGCUGGGGUGUGUUUCAUGAAUCAGAUUAUAUCCAAAUUAAACAAGCAUCAACCUUCAGCUUUUAUUUGCUUCAGUUCACUUUAUUUUACCAAGAUGCCUUGUUUGUGUUUUGUUUUUUUCUUCAGUAGUCUUUUUUGUUUAAGAUUCAGGAGCUUUUGCAUUGGGUAUGAGCAUGUCAGAAUAUAGGUUUCUCAUAAAGACAUUUUGUUGUGCGCAUUUUCACUCGAGGCAUGCAGGUUUUCAGCAUGUCUCUUGAUAAUGUAGCUCAAUAUCAUGUAUGUUGUUAACUUUCAAGUUCUGCAUUUUUUAAAAUUUGUUUUAAGAUAUCUUUUGUCUCCCAAACCAACUGUAUACAAAAACAAUUUGUUGAGUCUUGGCAAUAACUCAAUUUUCCACAUUAUAAAUAAUUGUAAAAAUGAUUAAAUAAAAUGUAAUGUUAAUUGGGUACACACAAA